UGCGCGGGGUCAGCCCCGUUCUUUCUUUGAGCCCCGGCGGAGCGAGAGGCGGAAGAGGAUCGUCGCGAUGGCUCCCAAGGGCGGCAGCGGCGCUCGGCAGCAGUCGGAGGAGGAGCUGCUUCUGCAAGAUUUCAGCCGCAACCUCUCGGCGAAGUCCUCGGCGCUCUUCUUCGGCAACGCGUUCAUCGUCUCUGCCAUCCCUAUCUGGCUGUACUGGAGGAUAUGGCACAUGGAUCUUGUUCAGUCUGCAGUCCUUUACAGUGUAAUGACCCUUGUCAGUACAUACCUGGUGGCCUUUGCUUACAAGAACGUAAAGUUUGUUCUUAAACACAAAGUAGCCCAGAAGAGAGAAGAUGCUGUUUCCAAAGAAGUAACUCGCAAGCUUUCUGAAGCAGACAAUAGGAAGAUGUCACGAAAGGAGAAGGAUGAGAGAAUUUUGUGGAAGAAGAAUGAAGUGGCAGAUUAUGAAGCAACUACAUUCUCUAUCUUCUACAACAAUACGCUAUUCUUGGUUUUGAUAAUUAUUGCCUCCUUUUUUGUGUUGAAGAACUUCAAUCCCACUGUAAACUAUAUCCUCUCCAUCGGUGCUUCUUCUGGAUUGAUUGCUUUGCUAUCUACGGGCUCAAAAUAGAAGAAAUUGUUACAGUGGAUAUUCAGUUGCAUACAGCUGUAUGGAAAUAGAGGAGAUGGUGUUUUUCUAUAGCUUGAAAACAUGAUGUUCUUUUUUACAAGAAGAUGGGAUGGACAUGGGGAUUAUUAUUUUUUAAAAUAACAUAACUAGAUGAAUGCUCUGGUCCUGUGAAAUAUCUCACAAUAUUUUUGACAGAUAAAACAUCUGUGGAAUAUUAGUUUUCAGAAAUAUCAAUUGAGAGGUACACAAACCAUGUCUGGAGUUCCGGAAGGUAAACAUUUGCUACAUAUCUUUUGUUCCCUUUAUCUGUCAGCGAAUCUAUCCUAGUGGCUGUGAGCAGUGACUUUAUCCCAUGGCAAUUUGUAACCAUGUCUGAAUAAAAGAUUUAAAAGAA